AAGAAGGGAAAAGCAAAAAAGCAUUGAAGACACAAUCAGUUGAAUAGCUAUCCACUGUGACAACAAUUGUCACAACAACACCAACACAUAGCAUCUAUAGCUACACUUUAGCGCAUUUCUUGUGCAACGCUGUGUGUACUUUGUUGUCGUGGAAGACAGCGCAAAAGCGCAACAAAUCUUUUUACAAUUCGUCAGGAAAUUGCAUUUCCUUACUGCCUCGUUUGGCUUGAUUUGAUUUGCUUCCUCGCAACUUGGCUGCUUGCAUUCAUUCAUGCAGCGCUCAUCCGCGGCUCAUCCUUGACGGCGGUCCUUGUGUGCGGCUCGCUGCCGGCGCUGAUCCGUGUACCACAGUAGUUAGCGCCCAUGUACGUGCAGUGAACACAUCGUGUCGUAACUGUAAACCCCUCGAGGGUUUCGAGAAUGCACUCGUGCAUACGCUCAUAGAAGCAUACAUACCCUCAUCUAGUAGUAGACACACAUAUAUUAGUCCUGUUGAGAAUACCUUUACCUUUAUGUUUAUGUGGUUUUUAUUUUAUGUUCUUCCACCUUCUUUUUUGUGGUUUACCUUACUUGUCUCCACUUACAUACUUUUUUGCUGCUCAUGUGUACUGAGCAAAAAUUUUCAUUUCAUAUUUCACAUUACAUUGUCCUUUUAUUCUCGCUGCUGCACCUGUAAUCCAUCGAUUGCAUCUCAACAAUUCAACUUCUUUCCGUUUGCUUUACACUUUACCCGCGCUCGCCGCCCACCAUCGCCUCACUGUCAUUCUGUUCGUAAUUCUCGUACGCUGCUCCGUUCGUAUAGUCAGCAAGUUUGCCAACGGCGCUACAUGGACGCAUUCCGUCGUUACAAUGCACAGUUCCGCAAGGAAGUGCAACAACACGAACUCAUGCAACCGACUGCCAUCGAUGCUAUGCGUGUUCACAGAACCUUUGCCAUUACAACGAUGUGGCCGCCCUUGCACUCGAAGCGCGAAAUAAAUCUGACACUGGAACAAUUGGAGAAUGUUUUGAGUGUCAAAGAACGUUGGCGUUUGGAGGAGAUACUCAAACGUGAAACGAAGCGCAGAUAAAGUGGCCUCGGAGGCCAACGGGAGACAAGAAGAAGAGGAGGAGUGAAGGCAUGAUGAGUGAAAGGAGAGGAAAAGCGAAGUUGCAAAUGAGCAAGAGCGAAGGAAUGUGCUUACUGGAAGGAGUAGAUCAUAUAUCAAUGAAAAUACUGAAACGUCGGAAAAACUGAUUUCGAAAGCGAUCGAAAAUAUAUUGUUUCGCUACUUAAUUA